UGUUUAUUACCCGAUAUUGCUAAUAAAACCUGAAAGACAAGAACAAGACUCAGUGGGAGGAGAAAGACAGCAGAAAAACGGAAGGUAGCUCCAAAGUUCACCUGCACAUGAACACACGUACUGUACACACACACAUACACACACACACACACCUGCUUAAGGACACCUCUUUAUCCUGGAUCAGAGAAAGAAGACGGCUCACGGCUCAUGUCUCUACACGACACAGGGGGGAAGAGAAGAGUAAAAGAUGUGUUUUUGUCCAAAUUCUGAUGAAAGAAUUCUCUGAAUAUCUGCGGAGGCCCGUGAGCGAAAUCAAAACCACUCAUCUUUUUUUUUUUUCUUGAAUUCUGCCAUGGAUCUGGAUAUGUGGCUUCUAAGAGCACUUAUCCUGCUUGUCUGGUGUUCAGGCUCCUGGUGCAACAACUGCAGUAUGACGAAGGUGUAUUUCGAGUCCCGCAAUUUUCACAGCAGGCUCCAUUGGGACGAAGUGAAAAUGCCAGGCCGAAAAGUUCGCUAUAGCGUCAAAUAUCAAGUAUAUGGGGAGCAACUCAAGCUGAUGACUGGAUGCCACAAUAUCGCUGAACGUUCCUGCGAUCUCAGCUCUGCGAUGAUGAACAUUCGUUUGAAAUAUUACGUCAAGGUCAUGGUUGAUGAGUUAUGCAUCGGUGAAUUCAGGAACUUCAUUCCCUCAGAACAAACUUCUCUGGAAGCUCCAAGGCUGUCCGGGAUAACGGCUGGGUCCUCCUUCACCAUAAUACUCACCACUCCCAUGGGGCCUCAGAAGCACACAAUUAGGGAGAUCAGCUGUUGGGAAAGGUGCCAGUAUUCUGGGGAAUCGCCUGUUAACUAUAUUGUCACUCUCACACGCCCAGAGUCUGAAGCUGGAAAGGUGUUUCAGAACACAUCUGGCAUGAUUACACUGAGUCAUUUAGACAAGAACACGCAGUAUUGUGGCGUCGCAUUGUAUGAGUUAACUCAUCCCGGUGUAAAACGGCAGAGUGAAAACACCACCUUCUGUGUGGCUUUGCCAGCUGCAGACAAGCCUUGGAUUCCUGUAAUCGUCGUGUCUGUGUUAGUGGCCUUUUUCCUCCUGAUCACCAUGUCGGUGAUUUUGUGCCAGCAGCACGUCAAAAGGAAGGGGAACCUGCCCAAGGCGCUGCAGAACAUGUUGAUGCAACCCACUCCAAAUUUCAACCCAGAUCCUAAAGUGGAAAUAAACGCUGUGAAGGUAUACGCUGAAUCUCCAUGGAAUACCAGCAAAUCUGAACUAACCUUACCUAAAGUCCUGAAGGAGACAAGAACUGUGAACAUUGAAGGUUACGCCCCCCAGGACUACCAGGAAAAAGACUGGCACUGUCAUUCUUACACUAAUGACCAAGCAGUGCCAGCUAGUAACCAGAGUGCUGAAUCCUGCACCAGUUAUAGCAUGGUGGUGGUUGGGAUGGAACCCCCGAAUCGAGAAGAGUUGACCAGUUGUGCUAACGACAGUGGGUUAGGAGGGUCCAUCAGCCCUGGACUGUCCUCUUGCACAGAUGAUGAUCUAUUCCAGAUCUUACCUAACGCAGAACCAGAAGAAGACCUGGGCAUGAUAGAGCCAGACUCCACCAGUGAGCUUUUGGUGCUGCCAGUGUCACGUGGUGCCAACGGGAAAUUACAGUUCUCCAUAGCAUUUCAUCCUGUGGAUUCAAAUGUAAACCACAGCUCAGAGAUCAUGCCUCUUGUCCCAAGGUCAACAACAGUUAAAGAGAGGACUCUUUUGCUGACAGAUCUUGUCUCCAUGGGUGACUCAGACUGGACAGACAAUGAACUAAGUUCUGAUCACAGGAACAACUACCUACCAAACAGGGUCCCUCAGAUCUGCUCAGAGUUACCCUCUAGUGAAACUAUUUCCAAAGUCCUGUUAUCUGACUCUACAUCAAACUACAGAGAGAACUGGGUACCAGGAAUCCUACCAGAUCUCCAACCAAAUGACACGACCUGCAUCGUGAAUCACAAUAAGCUGAAUGAAUUGGCUGAACCAGAAGAGGAUGUAGAUGAAUCACCAUCAGAACUUGAAGCAAUCUUUUUAGGUGGAUGGAUGGUACACGUCCAAGGAUAGUAUCUUUUUUCUUAAGCAUUGGCUCUGGCUCUUAGUGCUGUCUUAAAGAGAAUUAUUUAGCCAUCCACAAUCAUGCUGUUAAUGAAGAAUGAAAACCGCUCACAUUAUAUUUAAAAUGCAUAACCAGGCUUUUGGUCUGAUACGAGUAGCAGAUGUUAGAUACGGAUCGGACUUCAAGAAGGACGAAGGAGACUGAAACAGCUCUCGAGUGCUUGCUAAUGAGCAGAGAGCAUUACCCAUAUGUCUCGUGGCCUUUGUAGUGGCACUCACAGCUAAGUCUGUAGCAUUACAGCAUCACACCAUUUGGUGUUUAAGAUGCUCCAGCACUUGUACCGCACAUCUCAGCUCCAGUUCAUUAGCCAACUGUUCAUUAGCUAAAGUUGAAGCAGGUGUGUUAAACUUUAGUAACACUUAGCUGUGUGGUGAAGUAACACUUGUGUGGAAUGUAAUGGAACAAUUGAAACUGGUUUACUUUUUUUUGCACCAAAUACUUUGUUUAAGUUUUGCAGUUUGACUGAAAUGCACUAUAUGACCAAAUGUAUGGGGACACCUAGCCAUCAUGCCCAUAUGUGAUUUAGUGAGGACAAGCACAGAUGUGGGGCAAUUAAGCUUUGUACAUAGUCGGCAUUCCAAUUCAUCCUGUAGGAGUUCAGUGUGAGGUUGAGGUCAAGGCUCAGUGCAGGCCACUCGAGUUCUUCCACUUCCAACCUUGGCAAACCAUGUCUUCAUUUUGUGCACAGCAGCACUGUUUUGCUGGAAAAAGGUUUGGGGCACCUUAGCUCCAGUGAAAGGAGAUCUUAGUGCUACAGCAUACAAAGGCAUUCUAGACAAUUGUAUGCUUUGUGGCAAUAGUUUGGGAAGGCCCACAUAUGGGUGUGAUUGUCUGGUGUUCACAUACUUUCAGCCAAUUAGUGUAACUCAGGUAGCAGCCAACCAUCUAGCCAACAUAAGUUAUCUACCUAACUAGGAAGCUAUUAUGAGAAUGUCUUUUUAGCUGUUUAUUUAUUUCCUGCUUUACAGUCACUGACUGUAAAUUGGCCUUGUUUCCUGGCGAAACAAUGGCCAAAGCUCACCAGGGGAAGGUGAGAGCAUUUCGUGUAUGAGAAUGGAAUGAGCAUACAAUAAAAAGAGACGAUGUUGUAGUGACGACAUACUAAUUAGACAAUAUGUUGGAUAGUUAAUAGUUAAUACAUAAAUUGUACACAUUAUUUGAAAGUUUACUGUGUCAUUUGGAGAUACAUGUCUGUGGCAUUACAAAUUACCCAUAUUAUCUCAUACGAUUGUCAUAAGUAAGUUUGUUGAGAAUGUCCGAGAGGUUAUGCUUAGAAAUGCUUAGGAAUCCUGAUUGUAGUCACAUGUCUGUUGAUUUUUCACUAAAGACUUGCAAAGAUCCAGCCAUUAUCAAGAGUUAUUGUUUAAAAUUGUUAGCUCUCUGACUAGAAACAUGAUUAACUUAUCAAGAAGUCAGUGUUUUAGAAGUCCCCUAAAAAAAAUGUUCUACCAGUCGCUGUAAUCUUCCCUUACUUACUGUAUACCUCAUAGCUGCAGUGCAAAACUAAAGACGAAUGUCAAACACUAAAUUUAUUGCAUGAUGUACAGCAGUCAUAAUUUUGUAAAGCUCUUUUUUUUCUAGCUGAAGUACUGUUUUACGCAUCAUUGAAGAAGCAUUUCUAAUCGAUUUAAUUUUUAUGUUGUCAAUAAGAGCGUCUACAUGUGAAGUGGGAAAAUAAAACAUGACUGAUUGACUCAUUUACUGUACGUAUUUGAUUCACCUGUAACUUUGUGUUUUGUUGUAUCAGUGUUCAGCAACCUUCUACAUGUGACCUGUUGUAUAUACAGUUACCUUUGUUAAACUUUGUCUUUGGAAUAAUAAUUGAAAUAUUAUUGUCAUGUGUUGUGAAUUCGCAUCUCAGACAAAGCAGCUAGAGUUUCUCAGUUUUUGGGUGUGGAUGAUCGUUUGGGAGUCUAGCUGUUUGUUUGUUUUUGUUGUUGAGUGCAACUUCAUCUGCACUAAUCUGAAUCCAAACAUAAUAAAGUGGAGAAACAGCG